UUCGCCGCUCUCCGGCCAUGGACUUCUUGGAGGUGUUGAGUUGCAUAAGGAAGGAGCAACUUGACAAUAAACUAUACUCAAGGUUUUCUCAAAUAAUGAUGAAGGCCUUAUUAACAAAAAGUUACCGAAAGAACUUCUCUUAAGAAUGCUGUUCAGCUUGUUGUUAAAUUUUACUUGGUCUAAUCCAGAAUGUACUAAGUAUGUACAUAGCAUUGGUCUGGAUUCUUUUUGUAAUGUGGCUUGGAACAUCUUAGCCCUCGAUGGAAGCAACUGGCAAAGAAUAGACCUUUUUAACUUUCAAACAGAUGUCGAGGGUCGAGUGGUGGAAAAUAUAUCAAAGCGCUGCGGUGGGUUCCUGAGGAAGCUCAGCUUGCGGGGCUGCAUCGGCGUUGGGGACUCCUCCUUAAAGACCUUUGCACAGAACUGUCGAAACAUUGAACAUCUAAAUCUCAACGGGUGCACAAAAAUCACUGACAGCACGUGUUAUAGCCUUAGCAGAUUCUGUUCCAAGCUGAAGCAUCUGGAUCUGACCUCCUGUGUGUCCAUUACAAAUAGCUCCUUAAAGGGGAUCAGUGAAGGCUGUCGAAACCUGGAGUACCUGAACCUCUCUUGGUGUGAUCAGAUCACAAAGGAUGGCAUCGAGGCGCUGGUGCGCGGUUGCCAGGGCUUGAAAGCUCUGCUCCUGAGAGGCUGCACACAGUUGGAAGAUGAAGCUCUGAAACACAUUCAGAAUUACUGCCAUGAGCUUGUGAGCCUCAACUUACAGUCCUGCUCACGCAUCACGGAUGAAGGUGUGGUGCAGAUCUGCCGGGGAUGCAACCAGCUGCAGGCCCUCUGCCUCUCAGGCUGCGGCAACCUCACAGAUGCCUCUCUCACAGCCCUGGCUUUGAACUGCCCGAGACUUCAGAUAUUGGAGGCUGCUCGGUGUUCCCAUCUGACGGACGCAGGCUUUACACUUUUAGCUCGGAAUUGCCAUGACCUGGAGAAGAUGGAUCUUGAAGAAUGUAUCCUGAUAACCGACAGCACGCUCAUCCAGCUCUCUGUCCACUGUCCUAACCUGCAGGCCCUGAGCCUGUCCCACUGUGAACUCAUCACAGAUGAUGGGAUCUUGCACCUGAGCAACAGCACCUGUGGCCACGAGAGGCUACGGGUCCUGGAGCUGGACAACUGCCUCCUCAUCACCGACGUGGCCCUGGAACACCUCGAGAACUGCCAAGGCCUGGAGCGCCUGGAGCUGUACGAUUGCCAGCAGGUUACCCGUGCGGGCAUCAAGCGGAUGCGGGCUCAGCUCCCUCACGUCAAAGUCCAUGCCUACUUUGCUCCCGUCACCCCACCAACAGCCGUGGGAGGAAGUGGACAGCGACUGUGCAGGUGCUGUGUCAUUCUCUGACAGCUGCUGCCUGGGCCCAAGGCAUGAGGAGGCGUCCCUUUCUCCAGAGAUAACUCAGAGUCUUGCUGACCUACUCCACCAUCACCCAAAGCUGUUGAUUCUCCACUGGGAAAAGCUUUUCCAGGUAAUAAGACUUCUGUAGGGAUUGCAGUACUCUGGUUGACAGUUUGAUUGCAUGCUGCUGAGUGCAAUCAAAGUCUUGUCUCUGUUAACACUUGGCCAGAGUGCUCUCAGUGCAGCCAAGAUCAUGCAAAAAACUGGGGUCUCUUAAGAGGUGGGGGCACAUCUAGGUACAAAAGUCCAGUCCUCGGCUCUGUCGGCGUUCUUCCAACAGACCAUUAGUGUUAGCACAAAUUGAGCAGAGGGAAAAAAAAUCUGUUGAUUUACUACGAUACUUAAGCCAGUGACCUACAUUCAUUCACAACAAUUAAGAAAAAAAUUAAAAGUUAAAAAAAAAAAAUCCCAGGACUUUCCACUUUGAUAAAGUUGCUAUUAAGUCUUCAAAGUGACUAUACUGCAGAUUCAUGUUGCCUGGCAGUUUCUAUGACGUGGAGGCUUACGUCAAGUGGAAGGCAAGUCAAGUUUUCCGUGAGACACCAAAGAAUCGAGGACUUUAAACUGGGUGGACCAGAGUCUUCACCUUUAUGUUUCUGUUUAUUUUGUCAUAUAGACCUUUGGGACCAAAAUCUAAACAAAAGCAACUCAGAGUUUGUGUUGCCUCAUUGGAAAUUAUAAACUCUGGUUUAUGCUAUAGCACAUAAUGAGGUUCUUGUUAAAGGAGAAAAGCUAAUUAUGUCAUCUCCCAAGAAUUUGGAAGAACCUUUAGGAAACAAGAGUUGAACUAAGGCUUAUCUAUUGCUAUAAUCAAUUAAAAUUGAUGAAUGGGUGCAUGUAGAAUGGAUGUGGUUUUUCCAAGUUUUUUUUUAACUGUAGAAAUCAAGUUAUACCAGAACUAGUCAAGUUUUACACACUGAACUCCAGAUCAGUAUUGUGUUGGUACCUUUUAUAUUCAUAGUAUAAAAAAAUGAAUGAACCAGAGCAAUGCUUUAAAGUUAGAGGGUUUUAUUGCUAUAAUCUUAAUGCAAACAAAUUUGAGAAAAGUCAUCCCCCCCCUAAAUUCAGACCUUCCUAAUAGUCAUUUAAAAUCUGGUAAGAUGGCCUACUUUCUGCUCCAUGCUGUCCACAUUUAUCUUGAUUAAAGAUAAUAACCCAUCACCCCUUCCCUGUGAACUUCUCCUACCACGAUAGUCAAACUCUUAACAACCAUUCCCCAAACAAAUUAGUCCAGAGAAGCUGAGAUAAAACAAAAAAAAAAAAAAAAAAAAAAAAAGAACUGUAACUUUAUCAGAUGGAUAGUCUUAGAAGCAUUUAGUAUAUAACGCCUCACCUGCAUCCCAGGAAGAUAAGACAGAUAAAUGUAUAAUACCUCCUCCUCUCUCCCCAAUUUAACAGGGUAGUUAAAAUUAGCAUUCAAGUCUUCGUUGUGUUACUACCUUAACGGUAGACCCCAGUUUUUCCUGGCCUAAAGCUACACACCACCAGGUACUUAAAUACACAUACCACUGGACAGGGAGAAAAGACUGGUGCAGGAAGACAGUUAAAUGGUGGUACAAGAUAGACUUGUUUCAGUAAUUAUGAAUUAGUUUCUAUUAAAAUGAUAAGGAGUCUUAUUUAUUUCUCUUGAGCGAGGACUGAAUUUAUUGCUCAGCAACCUCACUUAUGAAACAGAAGAACCUCUGGUAGAGGAAUAAGGCCUAGUUCUCCUUAGGCAUGGCUUGUUCACUCAGCUUUGAGCAGACAAACUAAAGUAAAUUGGCUUCACAUUUUAAAACAUUUGGAUAGUUUCUGUACUUAGAACCCUUCUAUCGUAUGAAAUGAGAGACACAUUUGCAAAACAUACAGAAAACAUUUAUUAUACUGAAAUGUGUACAUCCUACUAUUUAAAAAAAAUUAGCAAAUUUGCUGGUGCCAAAAUUUAACCUGUUUCAUUGGGAGAGACUGAUGUUCAAUGUCACUCGGUAUAGUUUCAAAUUUGAUGAGCUUUUAAUUAUUUUAACCCAUGUCUAGAACUUGAGGAACUCAAAAUAGCACACAGCAUUAAAUGACAUUUAUUGUUCCAUAAAUUUUGAGACUCAAAAGGAAUGCUAAAUAGACAAGCAAAACUCUAAAACAAGAGAUAAGAUUACUUUUCCCCAAGUGAUCGGCAUAAGAAACAAGUGGUCAUAAAAAGAAAGGGGGAAAAAAAGAGACAGGAAAGUCCUCUCCAAGAUUCUCAAAGAGUUAACAUGUUUUCAAAUGGAAAAAUGGAGACAAUACUUUUCCGUAUCAAGCAAUCUCCUUCAUGAAUAAAAAGAUGUCAAAGUUUUCACCCAC